AAAUUCUUCAAAUUAUUCAGUCCCUCUUUCUUCAUAAAUUCCACCAUUACGAACAUGUCUGACUUUUGGAUAAACUAUUUGGACAAUCCCACAUUGUCAGUAUUACCUCAUGAUUUUUUAAAGCCUGCUAAUAAUCAAUCAGUCGAGGCAACUCAUCGUUUUGAAUUGAGUCAUGCUAUUGAUUUUCAAGUUGGAUUAACUAUAUUGGCUGCAUUAAUAUAUAGAUUAACUGGUGAUGAAGAUAUUGUUAUAGCUACUGAUAAAGACGCUUCAACUCCUGCCUUUAUUAUUAGAUUAGCCUUAUCUCCAGAAGUUAAUUAUACAGACCUUUUAAAUCGAGUAAAUGAUGAAUUUAAUACUAAUUCAUCUCAUAUUGAUUAUACUACACUUUCACAAGUAUCUGAAAGAAUUAGAAAGGUUAAGAAAUUGGAGGAGAAUCCGGCUUUGUUCAGAUUAUCUUAUCAACAUGCUAAUUCAAACCAACAAUUAUCUACUACUGUAGAAGGUUCAGUUCGUGAUUUAGCUAUCUUUACUGAUGGGAAACAAUUCUUUAUUUAUUAUAAUGCUUUAUUAUAUACUCAUGAAAGAAUUGUAGUAUUGGGAGAACAGUUCACUCAAUUUGUUGAAGCAAUUACUAAGGAUUCAACUAGUAAUAUUAAUAUUACUAAAGUUAAUUUAAUUACUUCAUCUCAAAUAGGUCAUUUACCAGAUCCUACUUUAGAUUUAGAUUGGUCAGGAUAUAGAGGCGCAAUUCAAGAUAUAUUCACUAAGAAUGCUCUUGCUCAUCCCGAAAGACCAUGUGUAAUUGAAACUAAAUCAUUUUUAGAUCCAUCAACGAGGACUCGUACUUUUACUUAUAAACAAAUUAAUCAAGCUUCUAAUAUUGUUGGGAAUUAUUUAAAGGAAACCGGAAUUAAAAAGGGAGAUAUUGUUAUGAUUUAUGCUUAUAGAGGUGUAGAUUUAAUGAUUGCGGUUAUGGGAGUUUUAAAAGCAGGAGCAACAUUUUCAGUAAUUGAUCCUGCUUAUCCACCAGCAAGACAAAACAUAUAUCUUUCCGUGGCUAAACCAGCAGGUUUAAUUGGGUUAGAAAAAGCUGGUACUUUAGAUCAAUUGGUGGUUGAUUAUAUUAAUCAAGAAUUAAAUGUUAUUACCACCAUUCCUCAAUUAAAAGUAAAUGAUGAUGGUUCAUUGGUUGGUGGAACUUUACCAGGACAAUCUACUGAUGUUUUAGAUAAUUAUAAAUCAUUUGCUGAUAAAUCUACAGGAGUCAUUGUUGGACCUGAUUCAAAUCCUACAUUAUCAUUUACUUCUGGUUCAGAGGGGAUUCCAAAGGGAGUAUUAGGACGUCAUUAUUCUUUAGCUUAUUAUUUCCCCUGGAUGUCUCAAAGAUUUGGAUUAUCCAAUAAUGAUAAGUUUACUAUGCUUUCAGGUAUUGCUCAUGAUCCAAUUCAAAGAGAUAUGUUUACUCCAUUAUUUUUAGGGGCACAAUUAUUAGUUCCAACGGCUGAUGAUAUUGGAACUCCAGGGAAAUUAGCUGAUUGGAUGGCAGAAUAUGGAGCUACAGUAACUCAUUUAACUCCGGCUAUGGGACAAUUAUUAAGUGCCCAAGCUUCAACUCCAAUUCCAACUUUACAUCAUGCCUUUUUUGUAGGAGAUAUAUUAACUAAAAGAGAUUGUUUAAGAUUACAAACAUUAGCUGAAAAUGUAUUUAUUGUUAAUAUGUAUGGUACUACCGAAACUCAAAGAUCAGUAUCAUAUUUUGAAAUCAAGAGUCGUAAAUCAGAUCCAACUUAUUUAAAGAAUUUAAAGGAUGUCAUGCCAGCUGGUACAGGUAUGUAUAAUGUUCAAUUAUUAGUAGUUAAUAGAAAUGAUCGUUCCCAAACUUGUGGAGUUGGAGAAGUUGGAGAAAUUUAUGUAAGAGCGGCAGGAUUGGCUGAAGGUUAUCGAGGAUUACCUGAAUUAAAUCAAGAAAAAUUCGUUACUAAUUGGUAUGUAGAUGCUCAACAAUGGAUUCAACAAGAUGAACUUAAAUCAAAUAAUGAAUCUUGGAGAUCAGCUGGUUGGUUAGGUCCAAGAGAUAGAUUAUAUAGAACAGGAGAUUUAGGUAGAUAUUUACCGGAUGGAAAUGUUGAAUGUUGUGGUAGAGCUGAUGAUCAAGUUAAAAUUAGAGGGUUUAGAAUUGAAUUAGGAGAAAUUGAUACUCAUUUAUCUCAACAUCCAUUGGUUCGUGAAAAUGUUACUUUAGUUAGAAGAGAUAAGAAUGAAGAGCCAACUUUAAUUUCUUAUAUUGUUCCUAAAGAAUCUCCUGAAUUAUCUGAUUUUAAAUCAGAACUGACUGAUGAUCAAUUAGUUGAUGAUCCUAUUGUAGAAGGGUUAGUUGCUUAUCGAGAAUUAAUUAAAGAUAUUAAGAAUCAUUUACGAAAGAGAUUGGCUUCCUAUGCAGUGCCAACCAUUAUUGUUCCAUUAGUUAAAUUACCAUUAAAUCCUAAUGGGAAAGUUGAUAAACCUAAAUUACCUUUCCCUGAUACUGCUCAAUUAGAAGCAGUAGCUUUAUUAACUACUAAGAAUAAAGUAGGAGGUUUAGAAGCCAUUGAACAAGAAAAAUUAUCAACUCUUGAAUCAGAAAUUAUUGAUUUAUGGUUACAAGUAUUACCUAAUAGACCAGCAUCUAUUUCAAAGGAUGAUUCAUUCUUUGAUUUAGGUGGACAUUCUAUUUUAGGUACGAGAAUGAUCUUUGAACUUCGUAAGAAAUUAAAUGUAGAAGUACCCCUUGGAGUUAUCUUUAAGAAUCCUACUGUUGAAGCAUUUGCUAAAGAAAUUGAAAAGAUUAUUAAAGGUGAAGAAGUUCAAUUGGCAGGUACGGAUGAAAUUGGAAAUGAAUCAGAAAUUAAUGAAGUUGAAGUUAUUGAUUAUGCUAAGGAUGCUCAAGAUUUAAGUAAUACAGCUUUAUUAAAAUCUUAUCCAUCAUUAAUUAAAUUAGAUACUUCAAAAACUAUUAAUGUUUUCCUUACUGGAGCCACUGGAUUCUUAGGUAGUUUUAUUCUUCAUGAUAUUUUAACUGCUAGACCUAAUUUAAAAUUUAAAGUAUUUGCUCAUGUUAGAGCUCAUACUACUGAUGCUGGUUUAAAUAGAUUACGUCAAACUGGUAAAACUUAUGGAAUUUGGAAUGAAGAUUGGAUUUCAAAUAUUGAAGUUGUUCUUGGUGAUCUUUCUAAACCUCAAUUUGGUUUAAGUGGUAAUGAAUGGUCUUCAUUAGCAUCUACUAUAGAUGUUGUAAUUCAUAAUGGAGCCUUUGUUCAUUGGGUAUAUCCAUAUUCUCAAUUAAGAGAUGCUAAUGUAAUUGGUACAAUUAAUGUAUUAAAUUUAUGUGGUGAAGGUAAAUCUAAAUAUUUUUCAUUUGUAUCUUCAACUUCAGCUUUAGAUACUGAUUAUUUUGUUCAUCUUUCUGAUGAAAUCUUAGCUAAAGGUGGUGGAGGUUUAUCUGAAUCUGAUGAUUUAUCUGGUUCUGCUAAAGGUUUAGGUAAUGGUUAUGGACAAUCUAAAUGGUCUGCUGAAUAUAUUAUUAGACAAGCUGGUAAGAGAGGUUUAAAAGGUUGUAUUACUAGACCUGGUUAUGUUACUGGUUAUAGUAAGACUGGAGCUUCAAAUACUGAUGAUUUCUUAUUAAGAAUGUUAAAAGGUAGUGCUGAAUUAGGUUUAUAUCCUGAUAUUACAAAUAAUGUUAAUAUGGUACCUGUUGAACAUGUAGCUCGAGUUGUUGUUGCUACUGCUUUCCAUCCACCACAAGAAGAUGAAGUUGCCGUAGCUCAUGUGACUGGUCAUCCAAGAAUUAAAUUUAAUGAAUUCUUAGGAACUUUACAAGAUUAUGGUUAUAAAGUUGGUAAAGCUGAUUAUCCAACUUGGAGACAAUCAUUAGAGAAAUUUGUUAUUGAAGAGAGUCAAGAAUCAGCAUUAUUCCCAUUAUUACAUUUUGUAUUGGAUAAUUUACCUCAAAAUACUAAAGCUCCAGAAUUAGAUGAUUCAAAUGCUUCUAAAUCCUUAAAAUUAGAUUCUCAAUGGACUGGUAAAGAUUAUAGUUCAGGUAAAGGAGUAGAUACAACAUUAAUGGGGACUUAUAUCAGUUAUUUGAUUAAAACCAAAUUCUUACCAUUACCAACCUUAGCAGCUAAGAUUGAAUUACCAUCAGUUGAAGUUAGUGAAGAAUCCUUAGCAUUAAUUGAAGGAGGUGCAGGAGCUCGUACAUCUGCUGCCAAGUAAAUCUUGAAUACUUUUAAAUACUUUUAAAUACUUUUAAAUA